AUGCUAACGGCUGCGGGAGGAAACUCUGGAAGCAGCGGGGGAAGUGGAGCAGCCGGCAGGCGACAUGGCCACCAGUCCGUACGUCAUACUGGCUCUGGGCAGACAGCUUACUUAUCUGCGGCGCCCACUACUUUUGCCGGGCCCUAUCCACCUCAAGCUCAAGGGCAUCAUCUCCCACGGAUACCAAUGCCUAACACCGGCCAGCUCGAAAUGGCUGGUAUGCCUGGGCCUGCCUACAACCAGACUCCCAACCUCCAACAACAACAACUGCAGCCCGGCUCCCUACAGCAGGUCUAUCCUCAGCCACAUCUCUACGCGACCUCAAUGGGCCCAGCAGGUACUUUAUGCGUAUUCGCCCGGACCAAAUCAAUAUCAACCAGGACUGCACGCACAGUCCUGCAUCAUUGCUGGCUCUCCCAGGCAUCUGUUGGGCUGCCAGGCAGACGGAUUGGGAGUGCCUAUGCCCAUCGGACAAAUGGGUUCGACACAGUCACUCCCGCCCCCUGGACCUUCGUUAUCAACUCCAUUGACAUCGAUACCAGCAAGAAAUAUGGGUGA